UGCCAAUCCAACACCUGCCGUGCAGCAGACCGGGUUCCGCAUGGCGCAUGGAGCGCAUGGGCCCAGUGGCAGAUCUUCACAAGGCCUGGGUGAACCUCAUCCAGAUGGAUGGGAAGCCUCCCUGGCGAUGGACCUCAGGAUACCGAUGGCUGUGUUGGGACUUUGACCAGCAGGUCCUCUACUACACCCUCACCUCCUCGGGACACGCGAUGUGCCAACCUGUGUUGUUCAGAGAGAUCCAGCCAGCGAUGGUGGACAAGGACCAACAUGGGCCAAAACGUCGAGCGUCGGCAGCUUGGGCGGUCUGCCGCCCCGAGUUCCGUGCCGUGGAACAAUCACCGUGGUGUGACCCUGGAGCUCAGAGCUUGGUCAGCCACGCUCGUGGUCCUGGACGCUGCAGAGCAGCGCCGCUGCCAACAGCUGCUGGCAGCGGCUGCAGGUAGAAGUGAGAGGCUUGGCAGAUCAACGUCGAACUGCUCAACGACGGCGUCAAGUGCCAGCCUACAUGAGAUAGGCUGUGCACCCGCCCGCUGCUCAGCCCCGGAAGUGGGCUCAGGGGGCUUUGGGCGCCCUUCCCUGCAGCGGGAUUCUAGGGAACAUCACGUCAAAUGGACAUCUUUCACGAAGGCUUGUGGCAUGACCGCGGAUGAACGGAAGCAUGCUGACCUAUUGCUGAUCCAUUCCAAGGUUUGGAGCACAUGCCGCACACGCCGCGCGGCAGGCGAAGCAUCGGUGAUGCAGAUGAGCCCCGAGGAGCGGCGGAGAAUAGAUCUGAAGCUGCUGGAGCAUUCUGCGUGAGAGUCAGCCAACACGCGCGCCAGGGACCUCUUCACGUGCCAGUCGGUGUAUCCGUGUGGUUAUCGUUGGGCCUCCGAUCGCUGAAAGGCUCGUCCGAUUGCCCGUGUAGAGCCCUUGCUAUAACCAAUGUGGAUUGCUGGGAUCGUUUUCUACGAAGUGUGCCCCCUUUGAGCUGAUGCGGGGUCGGUUCUUGAUACAAGCCGCGCCUCAUGUUGAUCUAGAAUCUAAAAACCCAUUAGAUCGUCAUGCACUACCUGCGCAGACACCUUUUGGUGGACAGAAGCAGUCGCGAACCCCUGGUAGCCGGUCUUCGAUGUUACUAAUGCUCGACAUGGUCGACAUGAGCAAAUGAUGGACCCCGCCCUUUCAACGGAAUUGAUCCGCUGGAACCUCCGAGAUGGCUCACGGCUCACUGAGCAAAAAUUGUGAUCAUAAUUACAAAUGUGCAACCGGUGGGCUGAUAGGGGGACCCCUAACCAAUGAGUUUGGUUGAGUACCUCAGCAACCUGAGGCGCAGAACUCCCUGACCUUUACAACCAUCCCAGCUUUACCAACCUGUGUGCACCUUCCCAAUUUUACCAACCAUUCGUCCCCGGCCCCCCUCUCAAGUUCCUUCUUUCAGGGUCUUGGGGGGGUUUGCUUGUUGGAAUGCACAUACGAAGUGAUGCUUUCGCGCCAAGAGAACACACAAGAAGAGUGGCCAAAAAUGGGAAGUUGGCGAACAGUUGUGAGCUGGAGGAAUAGUUGCCAGUAUAGAUCUCUCACAGAGCUUUGACCGUUUUGAAGAGCAAACGAUUGGAAAUAGAUCCUGCCAAGAUGUCGUACGGAUUCCUAUAGUAUAGUAGUGCGCAGGAAUGCCCUGAGGAGUAGAACCGAUGCCUCAGAAUCGGAUUCAGGAUGCCCGUUCUCGCACUGUGGACAGGUCUGGGCAUCACCGGUCUCGCUGAGUUCUCGUUUUUCCGGCGGUUGUCCCGCCGAAGUGCUGCUGCUGUGAGGUGAGGAAGGCUGAGAUUUUUCUGGACACAAAUGGAGCAUCAUCCCUUUGCAGAUGAGCAUGGCCUUGAGAACAAUGCUAUAUGAAAGGUAGGUCCAGGUCGGUGCUCAAUGUGGCCUUUGGCUUAGCUGGCUAAUACAGUAAUGCUUCAUGUCACAGGCGCCUGGUUCUGAGCAAACUGCCCCGCAGCCAUCCAGUUUUGUGAAUAUGUCUAGGCCUACGCGUGUUUGGAGUCGAAAUGCGCCAAACCACCUUGAAAUCCUUCAAAAUGCUUGACCCUUGACUUCACUCCAUCAUCUCC